AUGGCUGAUGCCUCGGAGAAAGCUGUUUCAAAUGAUUCUUUGAACUCGAAAGAAGUUGAGAAGCCUCAGAUUCAGCCCAUAGGUUUGCCCACCGUUGAGGAAAUUCGCGGCCAAGAUAUUUGGAACAAUUGCGCUGUGCGCAGUGUUGUUAGCGGAGUCAUGGGUGGUGGUCUUGGCAUCUUCAUGGGAUUGUUUCUUGGAGCACUGGACAACCCUCUAAUGCAAGAGGAAAUGACUGGCAGACAACAAAUUAUAUUUCAAGCAAAACAAAUGGGGCGAAGGAGUUGGAGUUCUGCCAAAGCGUUUGCUGUUAUGGGUUUUGUAUUCUCAGCUGCCGAGUGUGUUGUUGAGAAGGCACGAGCAAAACACGACAUCACAAAUACUGCUAUUGCUGGAUGUACUACUGGAGGUGCUAUAUCAGCAAAAGGUGGUCCAAAAGCUGCAUGCUUUGGUUGUGCUGGAUUUGCUGCAUUUUCUGUCGUAAUAGAGAAGUUUUUGGAGAGGCAUCAAUAA